AUGGAGUACAUUGCCGCUACAUCUGGUACAACACCGGCUGUCGCCCCUCGAUCUUCCAUCCAUACGAAUGGAUUUGGAAUCGAGAGAGGAUCUUUAAGAAGGCCACCCGAGCAGUUUGAAAUGCAGGAAAAGAAGAGGAAGGAGCAGGAGAACACAUUUUUGAGGAGCUCAUUGAGGAAGUCAAAAAAAUUGCAAGCACUGGCGAAGACAGUGGAUAACCCAUGUGGAACAGAACCCAUGAAAGUCACCUCAUUUGCCAAUCCUCUUGCCGAAGUAGAAGAGAUCAGUGUCAAGAAAAGUAUAACUGAAAAUGGGACAACGCGGAUAGCAAUCAGUGACAAUGCCAUAGAAAAUUCAGAAGUUCUGUUAGAUGAGACCAAUAAGGAUCAUAUGCAACUCGAUGAAGUCAUCAUAUCUGUCGAAAGAAUAGCUUCCAAGCUCUCCUCAAUGCACGGGCGGGAAAGUGACGUGGCGAUGCUUCGUGACUUCUUCGCCGCCCCUCCAAUUCAAGCAGCCAUCGAGCAAACUGUAAAACAAAAUGGAAAAUGUGGAACAACAUCAUCUGGAAUAGGAACCGAUUCUGGAGGUGACUCAUCUUGCACGUCAUCGCCGAUCCCUCCAGUUGCCCUGAAUGGAAACCGUUGCCCGUCAACGUCUUCUACAUCUUCUCUAUCCCCACGACCCAAUGUUAAAGUUGUGGAAGUGAUAAAAGAUGAGGAUAGUUAUCUAGGAGCUACAGUUAGAAACGAGAACGAUAGGAUAAUCGUGGGACGAGUGGUGAAAGGAGGAAUCGUGGAGAAGAUGAACUUGUUUCAUGAAGGAGAUGAGCUUCUAGAAUUGAAUGGAUCUUCGUUAAAAGGGAAGCAGGUCAAUGAGAUUUGUGAGAUUCUGAGGAAUCUAUCAGGACCCAUUACUUUUGUAGUGGCUCCUAAAGAGGAAACAGAGCCAGAGGUUGCAACAGAAUCUGUGAAUUCCAAUAACUCCAAAAAGCCAAAUCAUGUUCAACACCUUCGCGCGUUAUUCGAUUAUGACCCUGAAGAUGAUGUUUAUGUGCCUUGUAAAGAAUUGGCUAUGAAGUUCGGAAGAGGAGAUAUUCUACACGUUUUGAAUACCAAAGAUGAUAACUGGUGGCAAGCGUAUAGAGAUGGAGAGGAUAUGAAGCACUCGUUGGCUGGACUGAUUCCAAGCUCUUCGUUUAGACAACAAGUGGUGCUCUAUGCUGAUGAACUAGAACGAGAGCAAGAGCAAAAACGAAAAGAAUGCAAAACAAAGAAAAAGAAGAAGCUUGAGGUGAAAAAAGGAGCCGACGAGGAAAACCUCCCAGCCAUCGGAGUGUAUUCUGAUUUCCUAACCUAUGAAGAAGUGGUUCUGGAACUCCCAAAAGCCACCCACCGGAGACCUAUAGUGCUAUGUGGAGCUGAAGGCGUUGGAUGCUUAAAACUUCGGGAUCGGCUUCUGGAGUCGGAUAGAAUUACACUGGCGUGUCCUGUACCAUAUACCUCCCGGCCUCCAAAAGAAGGUGAAUUCAAUGGAGUUCACUAUCAUUUCGUAUCCAAACAGAAAUUCCACGAAGAAGCAAAGUCUGGAAAAUUUUUGGAAUUCGGUGAGUACCAAAAGUUUUGGUAUGGAACUGCUAAGAAGGAUGUGGUGAAUGUUAUCGAGAGAGGAAAGACAUGUGUGAUGACGUUGAAGGCGGAGAGUCUCGGCGCUAUCCGAUCUCCUGAUAUUCAACCUUAUAUUAUUUUCAUCGCUGCGCCAUCUCUUCAUAUUCUAAGAAGACAACGAGAAGUUGAAGGAACGUUUGGAGUGAAGGAUGACGAGCUGAAAGCGAUUCUGAAUCAGAGCAAAGUUAUUGAGCAGAAAUACGGUCACCUCUUCGACGGCAUCAUUGUCAAUAUUGAUUUCGAAAAAUCGUUCCGCGAACUCAAACAAAUUCUCAUGAAGGUCAACACCGAGCCAAUGUGGGUGCCUGCCACGUGGACCGCCUGUUAG